ACAAAACCAUCAAUUGGAAAUAGAGCUGUGCCCUGACAGGGAAGCAAACCAUCUUGACUGUGAUACAGGACCUCUUUGCAAGUGUCUCAUACAAAAUAGUCCACAAAACCUCUCUGCCAACAUGCGCAUCUCUUCGCUCGCCAUUUUUGCCACCCUUUUGGUUGGAAACCAUGCUUUUGCUCCCGCUUCCCGUCUCCAGAGCCGUACGAUGACGUCUCUUUCGCUGAUGUCCGCUGAUGAAACCGAUAAGAUUGUGACCCAAGCUUCUGACUGUGCCGAGGGUGAAUGCUCUAUUGAUGAAGUCGACGACUUAAUUCAGAUCCUGCACGCUCAGCAAAAGGAAUUAUCCAACCGUCUAGACGAAGUCCGCGUGAUGAUUAAGAGUUUGGAAGUAGUCAACAAAGACGAUGAUCGUAAAGUCGACCAGGUUCGUGAGACUGUUCGUGCCAUCUUUCGAGUUUUCCAAGCGAGCGACAAGGCGUCUGGGAAUGACUAUCCUUCGUUGACCAAGCCCAUGGGAUACAGUGGAGAUGUUGGCAAAGGGUCUACGACGGCGUACGAUGCACUACCGCCCAAGAAGUGGAAGCCGGCAAGCAAGCCAUAGACGCAAACUAUCAUACGCUUCAGAGCUUAAAAGCCUCAUAGAUAGUGAAGCUUUAUUGACACAUAAGACCUCAAUCCAUUCCGCACCAGUACUUCAGCCUCCUACGGGUUUGACGAUAAAACAAUAAGUUUCCAUUCCUAGCGCUAUUGACGUCCGUAAGAAACCGAUCUUGCCCAAU